AUGUCGAGAAAGCACCAUUACGUGCCCAAGAAGGUGGCCGCCGAUAGCUUUGAAGAGCUAUCGGCCAAGCUCACAGCAGAUCUACGGAAUCAUGUGCACUUCAUGGCCGACUACCCUGUGCUUUCGGACGACUGGAAACAAAUGGCUGAACAGAUUAAUCGCAUCGGUAAUAUCACUGAGAUGGAACGACAACUACCCAAGAAGCACGACGCUACGCUGUGGGAGUGCGAGGAGAUCGCUCUACGUUAUCUGCUCGAGGACGGCAAGUUGAAUUUGUGCCUGCGCAAUCUCGUGGACUACAACAACUAUCUCAAGCGGAUGAUCGAGCGCGGUCCCGUGAAAACUGAGACAAUGGCAACACUGGAGAAGUUCGAACAUGGCAUGGGCUUGACUUUGAAGAAUGCAUGGCUACAUGCUGAGGCAGUGCAGACCACGGAUCUUCCACUGCUGAUCGAAUACAUUCACGAUAUUUUUAUCUACUGCAUCGAGCGCCCAGACUAUCUUCCGAACAAGAAGAUGGACAACUGCCAAGAAGUCACAGUCAUUCAUUUUCUGCUGGGAUUGUGCAGACAGUUGGACUCGAUCGAUGAAUCUCGAGUCAUGCCGCUGCUGGCGGAGAAGCGUAUUUUCGCUCUACUGGCGAUGCAUCUAAGUGCUCACAUUAAUCUCCUGAACUCGGCGGACGUAGGCGUGGGAGCUGAGGUACUUGCACUUAUCUGCAGUACAGAAGACUUUGACUCCCAUGAUGAUUAUUACGUGGAUUCUCCCGAAGCCGAAUCUGCACUCAUGUCUUUUUACGACGACUACCUCGAGGAGGCAACCGAAGACCUCGACACACGCAAACGCUUGCGCCCGCUUCUUGACGCGGUGCGGCAGCUCAAUUGCAGCCGCAAGUAG